UGUGAGCUCCAUGGCCACUUCCUAGAGACCCUGGGAUGCCCGUGUGUAGCGAGGCUGUUGGCAUAGGAACACGUCCCAUCAUUAGUAAGAGAUGUCUACUGCAAAAGAGAAAAAAUAUGCAAAGAGGAUGCGCAAUCAGCCAUCCAGUGUGAGCCUAACUUCCGAUGUCACUCCUGACCGUGGCAGCAGACCUGCCGAACAUGGGUCUCGAGGAAAUGUUCACUCACACAGAGAUAGUCACCCUGGCUCCUCCGGACAGCACCAGAGGUAUUCAAAUCAAUCUCCCUUCCAGUCAAGAGGAGGGAGAGGCAGAAGUGGACCAGCUGACGCACAUCUCGUGCCUAAAUAUAUAACAGCGACAAUGUUUGCUCAGGCCCGUGCAGCUGAAAUCAAUGCCAUGGUUAAAGCCGUCUCCCAGAAAACAUCAAACUGUUUAGUUUUUCAAUCGUUACCCAGACACAUGCGCAGAAGAGCCAUGGGCCACGACAUAAAACGAUUACCUAGGAGAUUGAGAGAAAUUGCUAAAAAAGAGAUGGAAAAAACUGUGCAUCAGAAGAAAGAACUAUCAAAAAAUAAGUGUCGCAAAGCAAGAAGACGUCAUGGAAACCUCGUUAUGGAAUUCAACCGCAGGCAGAGGAAAAAUAUCUGGUUGGAAACACAUAUAUGGCACUCCAAGAGAUUUCAUAUGGUGAAGAAGUGGGGAUAUUGCCUUCCAGACAGGCCGACAAUGAAGAAUUACCGGGGUUGUUACAGAGCGAUGACAAACCAUUGUCUUCUCCAGGAUCUGUCUUAUCUGUGCUGUCUGGAGUUGAUUGGGGAAGAAAAUGACAUUUUGAAGUCAAUGUCAAGACUUUGUAGUACAGACACAGGCCCAUCUUUUGCUGCUGCGCAGUGUCUCUCUGGAAGACGCCAAGGCUCUCUAACGAUGUACAAAGCUGAUAAAUAUCCUGAAGAAGCACUGGGUCCUGUUACUUUUAUCUGGAAACCCAAGGGUGCACAGUGUGUACCAUCUGGACAGAGACAGCUGUGGAUUUGGAUGCAUCCUGCUAUGAAACAGGAUGUACUAAAAGAGCUGAGACAUGUUUUCUCGUGUGAGGAAACACCAGACAAUGCAGUGCCAGCAGCUGUGCUCCAGCAGGAAGAGCAGCAAGUGGUUCCUAAAAGUACCAGCAGGAAAAGGAAAAGACGGGAUAAAGAAGGUGAAAAAGUUGUUCCUGUGAAAAAGAUCAUCGGUGAUGGAACAAGGGAUUCCGUAGAGCCCUAUAAAUGGACCUCAAAAGAAAGCUCCAUCGUCAUUAGUGAUCUGACUAUGGAAAUUGUCCGUUAUCGGCUGGUUGGCCCUCUCUCGCAUUCUGUCCUCACAGAAGUUCUUCGAGCUGCCCCUCUCCAUACGGGAGUGGAAGUUCCUGAAGGUGGACCUCAUAACUGGUGGCUGGAUUUUUGCAGGGAUGAAAAUAAUGUCAAUCUGCACAGUCACCAAGAGUCCGUGUUCCAAUUGUUGCAAGCAUUAGAUUCUCCAGCACAAGUUCCACCUGGUACCAUUCUUGGCCUUACAGUGGGAGAUCCACGGCUCAACUUACCUAAACAGAAGACAAAGGCAGUGCCAAAUCUAGAAAAAUACAAAGAUGUAGAACAAGUCAAAUCCUUAAGAAUGGAUGGCUUCCCGGUGGAAUGCACCCAAAGUCUUAUUUGGUCUUCUAGUGUACGUUCUAAAGUGACAGACGGGAAGAUCUCUGACCAGGAAAUUAACCGUUUAAGAAGUGAGUUGCUGGUACCUGGCUCACAGCUUAGCCUGGGGGAUAAUGAAUCAAAGAUUCCUGUUCUUUUAAUUCAGCAACCUGGCAAGGUCACUGGCACUGAGCGACCGGGCUGGGCGAGUGGCUGGGACAUCUGCCUACCCAAAGGAUGGGGUAUGGCUUUCUGGAUCCCUCUUGUUUACAGAGGUUUCAGAGUAGGUGGCUUGCAGCAAGAUUUGCAGCGUUCACAGUUCAUGGGAUCUCCAUAUGUUCCUGGUGACGUCCCUGACUGCCUGGCUGGAAUUCAGUCUGCAAAGGAAACAGAAACCUGCUUGCUGGACAAAUAUAAAGGGCGUCCACCUGCAAAAAGAACAAACUUCAUUAAGCAUGGAAUUCUUGCUCCUUUUCGAUGUCCUUGGGAACAGCUAACAAGAGAAUGGGAGAUCCGAGCCAGAACUGACAAAGAAUCCAUUGGACGUACAGAGGAAAACACUGACAGAGAGGAAACUAAAGCGAUGGCGUCCGAGGCUGCAGAACCAAUAGAAGAACAUGGAGUCCAGACUUGUCCUUCCAGUGCUGAAAAUGAGCCAAUUUUAAAGACAGAAGAAAAAUGUGGAGAUGGAUUCCUUGUACUAAGGGACAAGAAGCUACUGUACAAGCUAUCUGCAUUCUGUUCUCCAUUUCUCCGAGGUAGAAGAGGUUGCCAGUCUACAAAAGCCACAACACCUGAAUUGUCAAGUAUGAUUAACCCAAUUCUGAAAAACUUCCCAAGGUCACUAGUUUGGGUCAGACUGUCCAUGUUGACUAAAGGCAGUCCAGAACUACAUGCUCUCAUCAGCAUUCCAUCAGACCAGGACUUACUGCAGAUGAGCAAAGAUAAGUCUUUCCCUGGCCCCCAGGAGCCCAAACACAGUGAUUCUUUCAAGAACAAGGUAGUGAAACUUAAAAAGGAGAGGAUGAAAGAGAAGGCUCAAAAAAAAGCUUGUUCUUCAAACGACAAAGAGGAUCCUGAGAAAAUCAUAACAAGCGAACAGGCUUUACAAAACGAUGACCUAACGCUUGGCUUGUGGCCUGAUCCACUACCUGAGCUCACCACACACUGUAACAGAGUUCUCAUUGGGUUUGUAACACAAGGGAACUUUUCCUUGACUGUUGGUUGUGGUGAAGCAUUAGGGUUUGUCAGCUUAACAGGCCUUGCGCAUUUGCUUUCCUGCCAGCCAGCAGAUAGGAGAGGGCUUGUAUUAAUAAGAAAUCCAUCCUCCCUACAUCACCGAUUUGCCAAGCUCUUAAUUGAUAUGUAAAAUCUCCAAAGAAAGGGGGUAAUGAGCAUGAUUUAUUUAAUGGGUCCUCCCACUGAUGACAUCCAUGCAGCCUGGUAUAGAUAGCUUUUUUUACAGGUGAGAGGUGCACGGUUCUUUGCCUAGUGAUCUUGCGGUUCUGGAUGCGAUCUGUGCCACCAGGGGUAUAAAUCAAUUUUUUUCCUAACUCCCUUCCUGUGCCAUCACAUAUAAAGGAUUUAAUUUUUGUCUGUAAUAAAAAGAAGUGUUCAUUUUAUAUGAGUUUUGAAUGAUACAGAUCUCCUGCUUGCCUCGUGUCAGAUAAUUAGAUGGAGCUGGGAUAGUAGCAUGCGGGACUUGUGAGUGAUCAGAAGUGCAGACCCAUAUUUUACACCAGUGGUAACAAUCGCCAUUUUAUCUGAAGCUUCUCAUGUAGCAACGUACUUUACUGGCACAGGGUACAUGUGUAUGCCAGCGCACAUUCCAAGACGCAACUAUUGAGAUUACAACUCCCAUUAUCCCUUAAGCCAUAACUCCGUUUUCACAGCCGUGACCGAGAACAAACGAACGCAGUUUGUUUUGUAUAGAAAAUGCUUAAAUAUUGUAUAAAAUAUAACUUAAACUAUUUUCUUUUCACAUGUUUUGAAAGAUGCUGAUUUUUUUAUGUUUAUUAAUGGAGA